AUGUCGCCCAGUCGUCGUGCUCCGUUGCUGGUCGCAGCGCCGCUGCUGUUGCUGCUCUGUGUGGGUGCGAGCGCCUCCCUGCAGCGCACGACGGGCGGCACCACCACCACGAGCAGCCUCAAGGCAAUCGAGUGGCUGAUGCGCCGUGGAGGCGAGGGCAUGAAAAGCCCCGCGUACCUGCUGAUCAAGUACGAGGUGCCCCCGACACUGCACGACCGCUUCAUUGAGGAACUGGAUCGCCAUGACAAGGUGUUGCGCGAUGUCAAGGGCCUUAGCUUCUACCAGAAGACCAAGGACAUGGACGACAACGUCAUGUUCUGGAGCUACACGGAGUGGGACACAGUCGGCGACCUGAUGGACCACUGCGAGUCCACCGCGUUCAAGGACUUCCACAACUUUGUGGAUGACAACGACAUCUUGGUGGAGAUGUUCCCGCUGGAGGCGCUCGGAGAUGAGAAGCGAGAGUACCGCGCGGAUCGCGAGGGUGAGAAGGCCGCCACCGCCGCCCGUGCUGCCGCCGCCAAGGACCUGGAGCGCCGCCGCCGCCGUGGUCGCGAGAUCGAGGAGUUUGACCCCCGCGAGGAGACCGCCCACUUUGCCAUCCGCUUCCACAUCAUGCCAUCACAGGAGGAGGACUUCCUGAACUUCGUGGAGGACAUGCAGAAGCGCGUGGUGAAGGUCGAGGACGAGAACCGCUUCUUCGUUGCCUGGGACACUCUCGAAGGCUAUCUGGACCACGUCACUUCCGACCACUGCAUGAAUCUGCGAGCAUACGAGCGGGACAUCAAGCCCCCACGCUACUCUCGACAAAAUGCGGAGGCCCUGCAGGCCGUACAAGGUUUCCAGGACCAGCUCAAUAAGGCCACAGUGGAGAUCACCGCUGGCGCUUUGAUCGCUGCGGAAGUCGGGGAAGGUGCUCCCCGUGCUACAGGCCUCUACCUCCUCUACAUGGACCUCUACAUGGACCUUUACAUGGACCUUUACAUGGACCUUUACAUGGACCUUUACAUGGACCGUUUCUAA